AGCAAACCGGGCGCGGGGCCGCCCCGGGGGGCGCGGGCGCAGGUGGCCCAGCGCCCUGUGGAGCCCCAGGGUCCUGGAGCUGCGGCGCUGGGCAGGUCGAUCGGGGAUCGAUACAGCUCCGGCAGCACCAUGUCUCAGGCAGCAGAGGCCCCGCCAGCCGGCCGGGCAGCGGUCCGAGGUGGCCCGGCUGGGGCGCAGUAGCGGCGAGGACGGGUGCGCGGCCAGGAGCCCCCCAGGCCCCCGCCCUCGAGACCCAACUCCAGCCCGGGCCGGAACUAGUUGGGCCGGCUGCGGAGAGCCAGGCUGCAGGACCACCCGCCCACCAUGCCGGCGGUCAAGAAGGAGCUACCCGGCCGCGAAGACCUCGCCCUGGCUCUGGCCACCUUCCACCCGACCCUGGCCGCGCUGCCACUGCCGCCGCUGCCCGGCUACCUGGCGCCACUGCCCGCCGCGGCCGCCCUGCCCCCGGCUGCCUCGCUACCAGCCGCGACCGCGGGCUACGAGGCGCUCUUGCCCCCGCCUCUCCGCGCCCCGCGCGCCUACCUGAGCCUGCACGAGGCCGCCCCGCACCUUCACCUGCCCAGAGACCCUCUGGCCCUCGAGCGCUUCUCGGCCACUGCGGCCGCGGCACCGGAUUUCCAGCCGCUGCUGGACAACGGCGAGCCGUGCAUCGAGGUGGAGUGCGGCGCCAACCGCGCGCUGCUCUACGUGCGCAAACUCUGCCAGGGCAGCAAGGGUCCGUCCAUCCGCCACCGCGGCGAGUGGCUCACACCCAACGAGUUCCAGUUCGUCAGCGGCCGCGAGACGGCCAAGGACUGGAAGCGCAGCAUCCGCCACAAAGGGAAAAGUCUGAAGACGCUUAUGUCCAAGGGGAUCCUGCAGGUGCAUCCUCCGAUCUGCGACUGUCCAGGCUGUCGAAUAUCCUCCCCGGUGAACCGGGGGCGGCUGGCAGACAAGAGGACAGUUGCCUUGCCCCCUGCCCGUGUCCUGAAGAAGGAGCUGACCCCCAGCUUCUCAGCCAGUAGUGACAGUGACAGGAGUGGCCCGGCCUGUGGGCAGCGGCUGGGCUUGAAGCAGGAGGACGACCCGCAUGUCCGUAUCAUGAAAAGAAGAGUCCACACCCACUGGGAUGUGAACAUCUCCUUCCGAGAGACGUCCUGCAGCCAGGACAGCGACCUCCCCACCCUCAUAUCCAGCCUGCGUCGCAGCCGCCACCUCGUUAUGCCCGAGCAUCAGAGCCGCUGUGAAUUCCAGAGAGGCAGCGUGGAGGUCGGCCUGGGAGCCGCAGGUGACCUGUUGGGCAAGAGGCUGGGUCGCUCCCCCCACAUCAGCGGUGACUGCCCUUCGGAGAAGAAAGCCCGAAGCAAGUCCCCUCAAGAGGGUCCAUUGCUUCCGGAACUAGGGCCCGGCAUGGCCCCCGAGGACCAUUACCGCCGGCUGGUGUCCGCCCUGAGUGAGGCCAGCACCUUUGAGGACCCUCAGCGUCUCUACCACCUGGGCCUCCCCGGCCACGAUCUCCUGAGGGUCCGGCAGGAGGUGGCAGCGGCAGCCGUGAGGAGCCCCAGCGGCCUGGAAGUCCACCUGCCCUCAUCCACAGCAGGUCAGCGUCGGAAGCAGGGCCUGGCUCAGCACCGAGACGUCACCGCCCCAGCUGGCGCCCCGUCCUUCUCAGAGAGGGAGUUGUCGCAGCCGCCCCCCUUGCUGUCGCCCCAGAAUGCCCCCCACAUCGCCCUGGGCCCCCACCUCAGGCCCCCCUUUUUGGGGGUGCCCUCGGCACUGUGCCAGACCCCAGGCUACGGCUUCCUGCCCCCUGCCCAGGCGGAGAUGCUCGCCCGGCAGCAGGAGCUCCUGCGGAAGCAGAACCUGGCCCGGCUGGAGAUGUCAGCAGAGCUGCUGCGCCAGAAGGAGCUGGAGAGCGCGCACCGGCCGCAGCUGCUGGCACCCGAGGCCGCCCUGCGCCCACCCGACGGUGCCGAGGAGCUGCAGCGGCGCGGGGCUAUGCUGGUGCUGAGACACAGCUCUGCGCCCCUGCUGGCCCUGCCUCCCCAGGGACCCCCGGGCCCCGGUCCCCCCACCCCGCCCCAGGAGCCUGCCCGCCGAGCUCCUCGGAAGGGGGGCCCCAGCCCUGCCUCAGCCCGGCCCAGUGAGCCCAAGGAGACCACAGGGGCUGGGCUCUGGGCACAAGACGGUUCUGAAGAUGAGCCCCCCAAGGACUCAGACGGAGAGGACCCCGAGAUGGUGGCUGCUGGGGGCCAGGGCCCAACUGGAGGGGCCAGCUCUGAGGGGAAGGGGCUUGCCUCAGGGUCCAUGCUGCCCCCUCCACUGCCCCUGGGCUUGCCUUACACGGUCAGCCCCUACUUCCACACAGGCGCCACGGGGGGCCUCUUCAUGGAUGGGGAGGGCGCCACAGCGCCCGAGGAUGUCAGCAAGUGGACAGUGGACGACGUCUGCAGCUUUGUGGGCGGCCUGUCCGGCUGCGGAGAAUAUGCACCGGUCUUCAGAGAACAGGGAAUUGACGGGGAGACCCUGCCCCUGCUGACAGAGGAACAUCUCCUGACCACCAUGGGGCUGAAGCUGGGGCCUGCUCUCAAGAUCCGGGCCCAGGUGAGCGCCUGCUGGGGGCAGUGGUCUCCAGACAACGGAGGGGCAGCACUGAGGCUCUGCGUGUGGCUGUACGGUGGCAGCCCCGCAGGCCCCAUCCAGGCCCGUCUCUCCACAGGUGGCCAAGCGCCUGGGCCGAGUCUUCUACAUGGCCAGCUUCCCCGUGGCUCUGCCGCUGCAGCCACCAACACUGCGGGCUCCCGAGAGGGAGCUCAACUCGGGGGAGCAGCCCCUGUCCCCAGCACCGGCCCCCUCGCCCUAUGGGGGCGCGCAGCCCCCUGCCAGCCGAGCCUCACCCAAGCAGGAGAACGGAACCAUGGCUCUGCUCCCAGGGCCCACGGACCCCUCCCAGCCUCUGUGCUGAGCUGGUGUCAGACCCCCCAUCCUUCACUGCCGGCUGCUCCCCGGCAAAGGCCCCCAACCCCACAGCUUAUCCUCCUUUCGGUUUUGGAUGCAAAAACACAAUUUUUAAAACGAAAACACAUGAUUUAAGAGGAAAAGAAUGCGUUUCCGAAGACUCUCCGCGGGUGCCUGCAGGGCCUGGUGCAGACCGCGUGGGGACUGAACCCAGGCACGGGGCGGGGGUGCUGCACGCUGGGUGGCUGCGGACAAAGCAGACAUGGAGAAGGCGCAGGCGCACCCCAGGCCCUGCAGCGUUGGCCGUGCGCACGGCGUGACCGCGUGCCAACGCCGGGCAGAGCCCCACUCCAGGUCGGCACCUUCACGGGGUAGGUGCGUCUCACCCGCCACCAUAAGCUGCGGCAGGAGGCCAGCCCCACGGUGGUUUAUGGCCGCCACUCCAAGACUUGGAACAGCACUUGGUCCUUUCUGGUCGCUUAUGUUGUAAAAAUAAAGCCCUAUCCACCAUCUACGCCCUGCGUGGGCACAGACCCCAGGGCCUCGGCUCAGCCGCAGCCGGGAAGCAGCACACCUGACUGCCUAGUGAGGUUGGGAACGCCAUGCAGCAGCCCCCCACAAGGCUCCAGGCGGGCAGCCCUCAGUCGUCCUCGUCUUCGGAGAGCUCUAGAUCCUGCAGCUCAUCCUCCGGCCCCUGGGCCAGCCGCCACGGCUCCUGGGGGUCCGGCCCCGCCUCUGUGUCUGGGUUUCCAUCUGCAGGGAGAGCGCACAGCUACAUAAAUUCUGCUUUAUCAGGAAGAAGCCAGCCUGGGAGGUUACUCAUCACUAAUUAAUCACAGCACUAAUUAAUUUAUCGCUGCUGCUGUUGCUGGGGGCCAGAGUCAGCGGGGAUGGAGCAGCUGGCCCAGUGUGUGGGGGAGGGGGGGAGGGCGUGGGCCCAGCUUAGAGCCGAUGGCCCUGCCCACCCACCGGAUCCCCCAUGACAGUCUCGGUCCCCAGACAGAUGGGCUCAAAAACCACGGCACCCCACGCUCUCAGGAACCACUUACCCUCUGAGCCGCUGACUUCCUCCACCCUCUGCCAAGCUCUUGGGGACCCAGGCGUCCCUGGGGACCAAGCACAAGAGCCCAUGGGGGUGGACCCACCAGCAAACGCACAGAGGGGCAGCUAAGGCAGGACGGGGGCCGGGGCACAGCCCUGGACCCCACUUUCCCUUAGGUCUCCUCUGUUCAAGUGGGAGAGGACCCAGAACUGCCCUGAAAGGUGGUGGUGGGAGGGGGUGACACAAGGCCUGGGGGCCCCACCUCUCUCUGGGAAGUCGGGGGCGGCGUCGGCGUCCUCGGCGUCGACGUCCUCAGCGACGUCCAGAUCAAAGAGGUCCUUGAAUUCUGCUCUGUCCUCACUCUUCCUGUCCGCCACCUUGCGGCGCUUUACCUCUGGGAAGUUCAAAUCUUCCAACUGGAAGGACAGGGACCCAGAGCUGCAGGUGAGGGUGGGCUCUCAGGGCUGCCUGCCCACUGGCCACAGCCCAAGCCCAAGCCCGACUCACAUUCCAGACCCAGUCCUGCACCCUCCUACCCCGUGAGGCCCUCCUCUAGCCUCCAGCCCCCACCCCCAUGCAAGGACCCCGCUUGGCCACUUUUGGGACACUUGUCGGCAUCACUGGGUAGGCUCCCUGGACAGCCGCCCUACCAGGCCAGUGAGGAGGCCGCUAAGUGACAUCAAAGCUGCAGGCUCCAACCAUGCUCCUUCCCUAAUUUUCAGCCAUCACUCCCAGAACAGAUGGCCUGCCCAUACUGACACCAGGACAGGGAUGCAGACAGUCAUGCGGCUUGGCACGAAGCUGUCCCCUCAGGUCACAACGUCACGUACCCACCGAUCAGGCCCAGACCCAAAGACAGAGCUAGAGCUCUUCCUGUACCUCCCUGCUGGCCCUUCUGGUGUCCACAGGCUGGCCUAGGUGACAAGGUCAGCCCAGUACUCACUCCUCCAAAAGCCCCAGCCCGUCAGGCCUGAGGGGUAGCAGCCUCUGCCCCAGCACAGCCCUGGGGCCUCUCCACCUGAAGGUCAUGGGAGAAGCCCCCAGACUCUCCCCGGUUCUGCCCGCCAUCCGCCUCAUCAGAGCAUCGGCAGCGCCAGCACACGGUGCAGCUAGGGUGGCUGGGGGCAGCACCCACCGACCCCUGCUGACAUCCUCCCAGCCGUGCCCACAUCCCCAACAACCCACCACCACCAUACCCGCUCUUUGCCACUGAUCUCCAGCUGGAUCUCACGGUCCCUCAGCUUCCGCCACUGGCUGUAGUACUUCGUGAGUGGGGUCCCCUCCUCCCGGGUUCGCUUCUCCCAGGCAUCCUGUGCAGGGAGAUCCAGGGUCACGUCCCACCCCGGGCAAAGCCCCAGACCUCAGCCACACACUGACCAGUGGCCCCCGGGCCCCGGCACCAGCCCCCAGCUGACCACUGCACGCUGGUCGGACACGCCGAAGGAGACCCUCUGGCGGAGCCUGCGGAUGUGUUCUGCGUUCUCCUGCACCUUCUCGAGCAGCUGGCGCACCUGACGGCAGUAGUUGGCCACCUUGCACUCCCGGAGGAAGGAUUUCAGCUGCAGAAGAAGGGGGGCUCAGCCUAGCCCCAGGCACAAGGCUACUCUGCACCCUGCAAGCGGUGACCACAGGCAGGCGGGGGCGGGUCAUGGGUUCGU